AUGAGGAAGGAACCACUUAGCAUGCGAUCGAGAUUGAGGGAAGAAUUUUACACAUAUUGCGCCUUUUGGAUCGCAGUUUCGACUUUGCCAGCGCUAGCCGUUUCUUAUGUUGUUGUAAGGAUAAGCAACCAUCUAUGGCUAAAACUACUAUCAAGUAGAUAUCCAAGUGUGGAUUUCAUAAGGAAUGCUACAGUUCGUUCCUUAUUGGAUACCAACAGGAACCAAGGAAUCAUUAAUGUUUUACUCUGUAUUAAAGGUAUCUUAAACGUCGAUGAUAUAAAAAGCCAGUUGUCUCAACACGUCAUAGAUCGAAGAAAUCAAAAUGGCGAAUUGAUGUUUCCACGAUUACGACAAUUGCUCGUGUCCUAUUGGGGAAAUUAUGCUUGGGACGCGAAUGUACCAUUCAGAGCUGAUAACCAUGUUUUUAUGGCUAAUGCAAUUUACAGAGGUCGGCCUGUCAACGAUGCUAAUAUUCAAGAUUACGUUAGUGACGUCAUAUCUAAAUACUUUCCGAGUGAUCAUCCACCAUGGCAGUAUAUAAUCAUACCAUGCGUAUCUGCGGAACCCAAAUAUUACAUUCUGAUAAGAGCUCAUCACCUACUUCUCACUGGAAAGAAUUCCCUAAAUAUCGGAGAUUUCCUUCUGAUGGAACAGUUCCCGAACCGUUGCAUGAACCAAGGGGAACAAUGCCAUAACAGUCCAUUAUCAAAACUCUUCCCAACACCGUCAGCUCUUCCGGAAUUGUGGUCGAAAGUAAACGAAAAUUUGUCCAAUGUCUGGAACGAAUUUAUCUGCGAAUACGACCCGGUGGAGAGUCCCCGAGCUUUAAAAACUCUUCCUGGAGCAUUUCACGUAGCUGGUUUAGUUUUUAUAUCAGCAGCGAGUGCCUUGAGAGAAUUAUCCAAAAAGAGGACACAAGAUAGAGAUACAUCAGCUCCUGUGACCGCAGCAAAAUUCUUUCUCACAAUCCAAAGAGAGUGUAAACGACGAAAUUUAACUGUGCCAAAGAUUUUAGUAUCACCUCUAGUAACUGUAGACCCAAGAAAAUGGCCACGAAGAAUGUUAGAAACCGCUUUAUCGACGUCCAAAACUAUUUUAACUUUGCCAAUAAAGAUUCGGGACGAAAUGGUCGCAGUGAACCAGCUGAGGACGACUGGUCAAGUACGACAAACGCACACAUUAACUUGGAAAUAUGGGGAUUUGGCACAAUUGUUCGUAAAAGCUACCAGUGAAACACUAAGAGGAAUGAAGGAGGCGUACAGGGCGCCAUGGAAAUUGUGGACGGAUACCAUUGGGGCUGAUGAUGGGAAACGACAUUUGCUUCAAACUAUUUCGCUUUGCGGAAGAAAGGUAGCGUCCUUCUCUCGUCCAAUACCCCGGGCUAAUAUCGACAGAGCAGCACGCGCUUUAGGAGUAUCGUCCACAGACAUUGCAUUGUUUGCUGCAACUGAAUCAUUGCGGGCCUUUUUCGAACAUGCCCAAAGCGACACCCCCGACUCAAUUCUAGUCUCAGCGAGAGCUGCUUGUGAAGAUUUCCUAUAUACGUUUGCUGAGGGCAACGGAAAGAAGUACAAGAAAUAUCAAACUGGAGGUAUGGUAUGCCUGUCUAUCCCCGUUGGUGCAACACCGCGCCGCAUUGCAUCUGUGGUAGAAGAAGCAUGUAGUCGUCAAGUAGCAUUAGCUGGGGCGUGGGCCGCUCAAGCGAGAUGUGGAGCUUUAACAAGAUCGGUCCCUUCCCCAUUUGCUAGACUGACACUGAACGUUUUAUCUCGACGAUAUGCAGUGUCCUACGCAGAAAUUAACGCGCCGAUGGACGCUAGACCACGCAAAACAUUAUGGGGACAAGAUGUAGAUGCCGUUAUAUAUUGGAGACCACCGCAAGCGAAUAUAAGUAUGUCCCUGACCGUCAUUCAAUAUGCAGACACUGUUCGUCUUACUAUCAUGGCUGAUGCGCGACUGACACCACUUCACACGGUUCCCACAACAAGGUGGCCAACUGCAAUAGAACAGCUCAUCAACAGAAUAGAUCAACAACUCGCUAGAAUUGCAGCUCAAACGCAAAUCCCCCCUACAAUACCACAGUCUAGAGAAACACCAACCCAAAGUACGCCACAGACCACAGAAGUUACACAGGAUCGUACAGUGCCACAGAUUAUAGAACCCGAUCCAGAAGCAAUCGAGACUCGAGAAAUAGACAAUAAUGAAAUUAGCGAAGGAUCUUUAAUGCCGCCUACUACUAUCCCAGACAGUCCACCGCCUACACGGCAUAGCUUUACAUAUGAGUAA